AUGGAACGUAAAAGGAAAUCCAUUUUUUCAACCUCCGCUAAGACUUAUACCAAGGAAGCUAGGGUAAAGGUUGAUAACCCGGCCUUGGAUAACAGUGCUUUGGACAGGGACAAGAUUAGAUCUCGUUUUACUGUGAUAUCAGAUCUUUUGAGUGAUACUCUUGGAACUUACCGUCGCCUACAAGCUCGUGAUGCCGAAGUUAGCCCUGAUACCCUCAAGGCAACAUUUGAGCUAGAGGAGGCCCUACGUCGCGCAAAGAACCAUUUAUCCACUGCAAGUGCUCGCAAUGGCCAUAUUUCGGCUGACUCCUCAGCUGAAGCAGUAAGCAUGCAAGGAAUUUUGCCCGUAUUACCUCCUAUUGUGGAUAAAGUCCUGAAAAGAGCUGUUUUCACGCAUCCGGGUGUGAGCAACGACACCGAGAAAACCUACGAUCGACUUGAAAUCCUCGGAGAUGCCUAUAUAGAACUGAUUGCUACAAAGCUCAUAUGGAAAAGGUUUCAAGAAAUUCCUUCAGGGCGAAUCUCACAGAUCAGAGAACUCCUGGUAAAGAAUGAAACUCUAGCCGAGUAUGCAACGGGAUAUGGUCUUGACAGCAAGGCUGCUGUACCACAGGACUACUUGAAGCAACCAAAACGGUGGACAAAGACCAGGGCAGACAUUUUCGAGGCCUAUGUAGCCGCAGCCAUCAUAUCUGACCCAGUUGAUGGCUACAGGGUGGUUGAAAAUUGGCUGACGCAGCUAUGGCUUCCGAAGCUCUCGGAACUUGGUUAUCAGAAGCCCAUUUUGAAUGCAAAGGAAAUACUUGCUAGAAAGAUCAUGGGUAAGGGAAUCAAAUUGCGGUACAUUGAUGAACAUCCUCCAGCCCAGCAAAGUCCGGGGGUGCAGACUUUUUUCGUUGGGGUAUAUCUUACUGGAUGGGGCUGGGACAAUAAACAUCUUGGGUCUGGCCAGGGUCCUAACAAGACGAUCGCAGGGAACGAAGCAGCACAUCAAGCUCUAUUAAAUGAGCGAAUGGUAGAGGAAAUUACUUUUGCUAAGAGAGCUCAUGAGGCAACCAAAGAUUAA